AUGAUUAUUAAUCAACUCUUUGAGAAAUUAACAGAGUCUCCAAAUUUUAAGAGCAUAUCUCUAUUAAUUAAGCUUUUUAGACUUGCAUCUAAGGGAGAUUAAGAUGAAGAUUAACCAGAUCAAGUGAUUGCAAAGUAUUGUUAAGAACCUGAAGAUUAUUCAAAGAUUAUUUAAUUCUCAUUGCUACAACUUCCAAAUAUAUUAAGAGAUUUUUAUUAAGUGGAUUAUGCUGAAACAUUUAAGAGAGAACAUAUUGAGUCUCAUAUUCAUUAGGUUAUAAUAAGAGGGUUUUUCAUAAAAGCAAUGAAUUUUUUGGAACAUACUAUAGAGACAUAAGAAGCAUAAGAGGGAACAAUUUUAUUUGUGAUAAGAGCUUUGGGCAAUUUGAAUAUUGUAUUAACAGCAUUUGAUAGCUUAUAAAAGAAGGCAUUAAAGUUGUUAAUAUAAAUAUGGGGUGAUCACUUAUCAUUAUAAAUAAAAUUGUAAGCAUUUGUAUAGGUUAGAAAGGUAUUCUAAUCUAUGGCAGAUCAUUAAUAAUAAGACAUUUUGAAAGUAUAUAUAUGUAUAUAUAUAUAAUAUAGAAAUUUUAUGAGAAAUAUUUGGAAUCAGCUAAACAUGUACUUUGGAGAAAUUAUGAAGCUAUUAAUUUUAUGAUAAAUUGUAUAACUGAAUUGUGUAAUAUGAAUAUGAAUCAAGCUUAUUAAGUAGUGUAUUUAAGUUUAUAAAAAUUGGUAAAAAAGAUUAGAGAUGCUAGUGUUACAAAGAAUCAAUAAAAUGUAUUAUCUAUUUACAAUUAAUAAACUUUAAAUGUAUUAAAAUUAUGGUCUCAAGUAAUUUGUACUCAUAAGAGAGAGAAUUAAUUGGCUGAUUUGAUGCCACCAUUUAUUCAAAUAGCUUAAUCUAUUUUAGAUUUUUAUCCUUGCAUAGAGAAUUAUACUUUUUAAUUAUAAUUGAUUGAUAUCCUAAUAAAAGUGUCUUAGGUAUAUAAGGUCAAUUAAAAUCUAUUGAGUUAUCUUCUUAGAAUGUUAAAUUGUGCAGAAUUAAAAAGGAGAAAAUUGAAGAGUAGUGUUAAACCAUAUGAUUUUUAGAUCAAUAUAUCUAUUAAACCAAAAUAUAAAUAAUCUGGAACUUUUUGGGCUGAUUUUUGUUAAUAGAUUAUCAAUAAGAUUGUAAUAUACUUAUCAAUAUUUUCAAAUGAAAAAUGGUUUUAUGAAUACACUUUAUUUUUAGAGAAAUAAUUGAAAAGAAUUUCAGAAGAUUUUGGUUUUGUGGGAAAUAAAAUAAAAGUUAAAGACUUAAUUAGAUUAAUUGAAUAACAUAAUAAAGGUGGAAAGGGAGAAAGUAAUUUAUAGAGUGAAGCAUAAAGAUUGAUUUAUGAAUAGGAAGAAUUAAUUAAAUAAAAAGUUAUGUCUGAGAAAUAGAGAUAAUAAGCAGGUGAAGAACUUGAAGAAUCAGAAUAAGAGAUUGAUGAUGAAAAAGAAUAAGAAUUUGUAUUAGAUGAAAUAAGAAAGUAUAAGGAGGAUAAGAAAAAAGAUGAUGUUGCUUAAGAGGAUUAUGAAGGUUUAAGUGAAUAUGAAGGAGAUCCUGAAAAUUAUUAAGAGGAAGUAGAGGAAUAAGAUAAUUAAGAUGAUGAUUCUGAUAAUUGA